GAGUUUUUAAGGCAAUGUUUAAAGCUUGGAGAUGUGAGAAAUUGAAAGUAGCUGGGAAGCAGGGACUCAAUUAUAAAGGGCCUUUUGGUAAUAUCACAGAGUUCUGAUGUCAUCCUCAGGUCAGAAAGGAAUCACUGGUACUGUCCUUUUAUUAUGGAAGACUUCAAACACCUACACAUCCCACAGUUUGAGCAAUUACCAACUCAUGACCAAUCUUGUUGAUACCACUUCUUUCCUCCCCCAGUGGAUAGUUCUGAAGCAAAUUUGAGACAUCACAUCAUCAUUGAAGAUUUUGAGCAGGAGAGUGACAUGAUCAGUUUUGCAUUUUAGAAAUCACAUAUCCCUAGUAACUUUAAAGUAUCUUUAUAAUGCACACACCAUAGUUUGGUUGCUUCUCAUUUGCUUCCAGUCAUACAGACAUUUGUCUUUCCGUACUAUUUAUAGCAGCUUGCAUUUUUUCAAACUGUAUGGAAACAUGAUUAAAUGCCAAACUUAUUUUAUAUACUUAUCUUCUUAUGUAGAUAGAUCAUUGUUUAAUUUGCCUUUAAAAUACUAUUAAUGAAUAUUUUGGCUUCUAUAAGUAUAAAAAGGUCAUAAACAAUAUAAAAGUUUGUUUCUAGUUUGGUCUCCAUUAUAGCAAACAUAUUAGUAUUUGGAAAGUGGAAUUCAAUUUAUGAUUUUACUAUGAAUGUUUUUUGCAGAUUCAAGUUUAAUUUAUGAUUCUUCUGUAGCUCAGGUUUUGCUCUUUAUCUGCCUAUUGAAAUCUGUUUUCUUAUUGAAGUUUACUUUGAUGGUGAGAAUUAAUACAGAUUACUUUUAUUUUAAAGCUAAUUAUCAUUGUUUACGUGACACUAAGUUAAAAAUUCCGUCCUGUAGUAAGAAUGUUUACUUACUAAAAUGUUUUAGUUUAACUUUUUUUUAAAAGGUGAUUUAGUAGAAGGUAACUGCUGUAAUACCAUGGAAUAAUACUGCAUUCAUGCAUACAUUCAUUCAUUUGGUGAGCGUCAGUGAUCUUAAUCCAAAUCAGAGGUUGGCAAAUUUUUGCUGCUAAGACUGGUUCUUACAUUUUUGAAGGGUUGUUCCCCAAAAAGGGAGAAGAAUUUGCAACAGAAACUGUAUGUGGCCUGUAAAUAUACUACCUGGCCCUUUACAGGAGAAGUUUGCCAUCCCUGAUCUAAAUUAAUAUAACCAAAAUUCUUGGCAUGUGCUUUUUUUUCUUUUGGAAAUGUUUUUAUAAGACUCAUUUUUGAAUAACAUUUGAAAAUAAAAAUGUCAUUGUUUUCUACAGAGAAGAUGGCGAAUUAGAAGAUGGUGAAAUAGAUGAUGCAGGACUCGAAGAAACACAAGAACAGGAAGCAAAAGAGGAUGAAAAACAGAAAAAUGAAAAAGCCUAUAGAAAAUCAAGGAAAAAACACAAGAAAGAAAGAGAGAAGAAAAAAUCCAAAAGGAGAAAACGUGAAAAACAUAAGCAUAAUUCUCCAUCUAGUGAUGAUAGUUCAGACUACAGCCUUGAUUCAGAUGUCGAACAUACAGAAAGUUCCCACAAAAAAAGAGCUAGUUUCUACAGGGAUUAUGACAUUCCAUUUUCUCAGCAUGGACACUUAUCAGGAAGCUACAUGACAUCAAAGAAGAGUCAACAUAACAAAAAAUUUAAAAGUAAAGAAUAUGAUGAGUACAGUACAUACAGUGAUGACAACUUUGGUACCUACAGUCAGGAAACAGAGGAAGAUUUUGCCAAUCAGCUGAAACAAUACAGACAAGCUAAAGAAACCUCAACUACUGCUUUAGGAUCAUCAUUUUCUAAAGAACCAGGGAAAAAACAAAGAAUGAAAGCUCAGCAAGGUAUUGAACAGAGGGUUAAAACUUUUAAUGUUGGUCGUGGACGUGGUUUGCCGAAGAAAAUCAAACGCAAAGACCGUGGGGGAAGAACCAAUAAAGGGCCUAAUAUUUUUUCAGGAAUGGAUGACUAUCAAGAGUAUAGUAAACCAGGGAAAAAAUGGAAGGUUAUGACUCAGGAAUUCAUUAAUCAGCACACAGUGGAACACAAAGGAAAACAAAUCUGUAAAUACUUUCUGGAAGGGAGAUGUAUUAAGGGAGAUCAGUGUAAAUUUGAUCAUGAUGCAGAGUUGGAGAAGAGAAAGGAGAUCUGCAAAUUUUAUUUACAAGGAUAUUGUACCAAAGGAGAGAACUGCAUUUAUAUGCAUAAUGAAUUUCCAUGUAAGUUCUAUCAUAGUGGAGCAAAAUGUUACCAAGGAGACAAUUGUAAAUUUUCACAUGAUGAUCUGACUAAAGAAACAAAGAAACUUUUGGACAAAGUGUUGAACACUGAAGAAGAAGCCACAAAUGAAGAUGAACGAGAAUUAGAAGAACUUAGAAAACGGGGCAUAGCUCCUCUUCCCAAACCACCUCCAGGAGUUGGGCUUCUGCCAACCCCACCAGAGCAUUUUCCCUUUUCUGAUCCUGAAGAUGAUUUUCAGACCGAUCUCUCUGAUGAUUUCAAGAAAAUCCCAUCUCUUUUUGAAAUAGUUGUAAAACCUACUGUGGAUUUAGCACAUAAGAUUGGGAAGAAGCCACCAGCAUUUUAUAACAGUACCUCACCACCAGGACCACAGUUUCAGGAAAGCAGCCCACAUCCUCAACAUAUCUAUAGUUCUGGAUCAAGUCCAGGUCCUGGACCUAAUAUGUCUCAGGGACACAGUAGUCCUGUGAUGCACCCGGGCUCCCCCGGACAUCAUCCAUGCGCAGCAGUGCCACUCAGCCCACCUUUGCCACCUGCUCCACCUGGAAUUUUAGGUCCUCACAGUCAAGCUGGGGUACUUGUUCAACCAGAUGCACCUUUGACACCACCGAGUAUGAGUGGUGCUUACCAUUGCUCGGGCUUUCCAGAACAUAUGAUGAAAGUACCUAGAGAGAAUCACUGUUCUCCAGGUUCCUCAUACCUGCAAAGUACUGGUGAAAUGCAGCUCAACACCAGUUAUGAGUCCCUACAAAACCCAGCUGAAUUUUAUGAUAAUUACUAUUCACAGCAUGCUGUACAUAAUUUUCAGCCACCCAAUAACUCUGGUGAUGGGAUGUGGCAUGUUGACUUUGCCCAGCAUCAGCCAACCAUUGUUCAAGACUCCCCUAACCGUGCAAGUGGAUCUGACGGCAGCAGCAACACAACAGGCCAUGGCCCCCUGCCUGCACCAGGCCUCCUCCCUGCAGUGCAGAGAGCUCUUUUUGUCAGACUUACUCAGAAGUACCAAGAAGAAGAUGAACCAAGCAGCACCCAACCUCAAAGGGCACCAAGCAAGGAAGAAGAUGAUACUGUUAACUGGUAUUCAAGUAGUGAAGAGGAAGAAGGAAGCAGUGUGAAGUCAAUACUGAAAACAUUACAGAAACAAACAGAAACUUUAAGGAAUCAGCAACAACCUUCCACAGAGCUCAGCACUCCUACUGACCCAAGACUUGCUAAAGAGAAAAGCAAAGGAAACCAAGUUGUUGACCCUAGACUUAGGACUAUCACAAGGCAAGACAUGAGAAAAUCUGAAUCUACCCCACUGGAUCUUAGACUUGCAUGGGAUCCCAGGAAACUGAGAGGGAAUGGAAGCGGUCACGUAGGAUCUUCUGUUGGUGUAACAAAGUUUGAUUCACAUCAUGCAAAUGCUAGCUCUGUCAAACACAAAAGAGGAGAUGAUGAUGAUGAAGAUACAGAAAGAGAAUUGAGAGAAAAAGCUUUCUUAAUACCUUUGGAUUCUUCCCCUGGCAUAAUGCUCCAAGAUCCAAGGUCUCAGCUGAGGCAGUUCAGUCACAUUAAAAUGGAUAUUAUCCUAACCAAACCCAACUUUGCAAAACACAUCGUGUGGGCUCCAGAAGACUUACUUCCAGUCCCUUUACCUAAACCUGACCCAGUAUCUUCAAUCAAUUUACCUCUGCCCCCUCUUAUAGCUGACCAGAGGCUCAAUAGGUUAUGGAAUACAAAAAGCGAUCUUCAUCAGAACACAGUGCCCACUGAUUCGAAAUCAGCAGCCAAAGCCAAAGUGAACACCACAAACAGAGAAGGCUACCUAGAACAAUUUGGAGACUUACAUAGUUCAGGAAGUAAAUUAGGAGAUCCUAGGCUGCAAAAAAAUUUUGAUCCUAGGCUUCAUAGACUGCACAGUACAGAGUCUCACCCAGCUGUUGUGAAGGACUCACAUACAUUAAAGGCCACCCCUCACUUAGCCAGAUCUAACCCUGCUUCGUCACAGCCCUCAGGGGCAGCGACUAGCAGUUCUGGGCCAGGGCCUUUGCCUCCAUAUGCCCCUAAACUCUCCUCUUCAGCUGGCCUUCCCCUGGGAACUCCAAGUUCAGUUCUUAGUGGCAUUAGUUUGUAUGACCCUAGGGAGCAUGCUUCAUCAUCUGCAUCAGAGCUAGCAACAGAAAAUGCAGAGAACCAGAAAAAAAGUGGUGGUUUAAAAAGUAGUGACAAAAAUGAGCCUUCUCCUGGAGAAGCAGUCCUGCCACACAAAACCAGUGCAAACGUGGAAGUCGCUGUGGAUGGGCUGGCUGAUCCCCAGGCAGAUAUUCUCAGGAGUCCUGGUAUGGUUCAGGUCCCAGCAGUGCACAGUCUUCCUAUUCAGGCAUUAACAGGCUUAAUUAGACCCCAGUACAGCGAUCCAAGGCAGUCCAGGCAGCCAGGACAGAUGAGCCCCACCCCAGAAAGUGAUCCCAGUAGAGAACCAGAUGACAAAUCUCUGAAAGAGGUUUUUAAAACUUUUGAUCCAACUGCUUCACCAUUUUGUUAGCUAUUCUUUUCACUCUGUGACUAUUACAGUCCUCUGCUGUUUUGUAACUGGUUUACCUCUAUAGUUUAUUUAUUUUUAAAUUAUAAAUACUUUUCAGCUGCUAGUAUCAGAACCACAUGAAGUUAUAUCCUCUAAAGCCUGUGGUAUUUUAUAUAAUAUUUUUAUAACUUUAAGAGACUGUAGUAAUUGACAUAGAAACCUAUAUAUCAUGUUAGCUUCAGUAAAAGUACUUUUAUCGUUAAUAAACCAUCAUGAACUUGACACUCUGCCCAAAUAUAUGCCAGUCGUCUUUCAUAAUCAAUGUUUAGAUAAAUGAUUACCACUUUUAUAUGGUUGUUAGUUUCAAGCAAUAUGAUGUACAUUACUUUUGAGCAACAGUAUUUUGACUAGGAUCUUCUCUAUUUGUCAACACAGAACUGAUUAAUAUGUAAUGCUAACUGCUAACUAAAAUGUAAAAUGAAGUAAAGAAAACAUUUUUAAAAUCACAAUCAACAGAGCAGUUUGUGUUUAAGGGCAUCACUUUUAUUAGUAUUGGCAAUAUUAUUUGUGUAAAUGAAGCAUUUGAAUGUCAUAUCUUUUAAAAGUAUUUUAUUGUAUACUGUAUCAUAGAAGUUGGAGAUACAUAGAUUGUUUUUGCUAAAGUGAAAAAUUCCCCAAGUUCUCUAACAUUACUUUUUAAAUUUAAUUUUUCAUAUUAAAUAGUUAUGAGUUCUUGCUGUGCUAUGUGAUGUUUAUGUGUUUCAAUGUUUUUUGUCUUUAGCAGCAUAAUUUAUAUUACUUUUUCAAAUGAUGUAGCUGCAAUAAUUGUAUUCAUCAUGACUUUGGAAAUUUUUAACAAAAUUUUAAAAGAUCCAGUGACAGUCUGUAGUGAUUAUUGCAUUGAUAAUGUUUUAAAUGUCCAGGUUCUAUAUUUUAAAUAGCAAGAAAACACAGAGAUGGUAUAAUCAACUGUAUAUGGCUACCAAUAAAGAAUCUCUUUCAGAUCUCUCCUGACUGGCAUUCUGUAACAGAAGAGACUUCCUGGUAUUUUAAGUAUUUAAUGUCCUCAUAGUUUGGAAAUCUAAACUGAUUUAGAAAUUGUAUUUUUAUGAAAAAUAAUUUGUAUUCAUUCUUGUGUCUUUUGUGCAGUAUAUAAAUAAUGGCAGCCCUAUUUGUUUUAUACAUAUAUUAUUUAUAAUGGAAACUAAGUAUUACACUGAUAUUCAUAUCUUAAACUGGACAUGUAUGACCGUGUUUGCUGGUAAUAGCUCCAAUAAGUAACUUGAGAUGGAGCAUUUCACUAUAAAAGAUAAUGAAAAUGAA